AUGGCCCGAAAUAUUUAUAAUUUUCUUAAAAGUAGUUCCAAACGCCAGAGUGAAUUAAAAGAAUUUCAAUCUUUUCUGAAUCUUGAGCCACAUAAAAUACUCCAUCCUUCGCAGACUAGAUGGCUUUCCCUUGCUGCCGUUGUUGACCGUAUUCUUGAGCAGUGGGACGGCUUAAAACUAUAUUUUACAGAUACCUAUCUAAGUCAAAGAUUAUUAGUUACUGAACAGAUUUAUCAUGGAUUGAAUGAUAUGUUUAUGCAAUUGGGUUACCUUUUUCUAAGUUGGGCUCUUCCACUAUUCACCAGAUUUAAUUCUUACUUCCAAACAAAACAUGUUGUAAUAAAUGAACUUCAUGAAAAAAUCACUGGACUCUAUACAGAAAUAUUACUUUGUUUUUUAAAGCGAAGUUACGUUUUAAAAACAAAAUUUAAUUUGAUAAAUCCAAUAAGUGAAGAGCACCAAUUGAUUGACUCAGAAAUGUACUUAGGUGUUCAAGUUGCUAAUCAUAUUGAUCAUCUACAAAUAUGCAGAGAUAAUAUCCGAAAAAAAGAUUUUUAUCAACGAUAA